AUGUGCCAUAACCAAGGAAAGACAACUUCACAAGGUGCUAAGGAGCGCAGCAAGUGGGGAACCAAGAAAGAGUUCAUCUUGAGUGUGGCAGGUGCUAUUAUUGGACUUGGCAAUGUGUGGAGAUUUCCUUAUCUUUGCUACAAGAAUGGUGGGGGUGCAUUCCUCAUCCCUUACUUCCUCUUCCUUGUUACCUGCGGUGUCCCUCUGUUUGUCCUGGAAACAUCGCUGGGCCAGUACACCAGUCAGGGAGGAAUCAUGUGCUGGAGAAAGAUUUGCCCCUUGUUUGAAGGCAUGGGAUAUGCCAGCCAGAUGAUAAUUUUCUAUGGAAACAUCAGCUAUGUUGCAAUUUUGGCCUGGGCAUUCCUCUAUUUCUUCUCCUCAUUCUCUGGAAACUUGCCAUGGGCCAGCUGUAACAACACAUGGAAUACAGAUGGUUGUGUGGAAAUUAACACCUAUAACACCACUGCCAACUGGACCUCACCUGUGAAUGCAUCAUCCUCUGUUAAAGAGUUUUGGCAGCGACGGGUAUUAAAAAUAUCCACGGGCAUAGAGACUUUAGGAAGUAUCCAGUGGGAACUUGCAUUGUGCCUUCUUCUUUCGUGGGUAAUCUGCUACUUCUGUGUGUGGAAAGGAGUGAGGUCCACAGGAAAGGCUACCUACUUUACUGCCACAUUUCCUUUCGUCUUGUUGGUGGCGCUAUUCUUCAGAGGAAUGACCCUUCCUGGAGCACUCCAUGGUAUCAAAUACUACCUUUACCCAGAUCCCUCACGGCUUGCUGACCCACAGGUCUGGAUGGAUGCUGGAACACAAAUAUUUUAUUCUUACGCAAUUUGCUUAGGGUACAUGACCACAUUUGGAAGCUACAACAAGUACAACAACAACUGUUACAGAGACUCCUUCUAUCUUUGCUUGCUGAACAGUGGGACCAGCAUAAUGUCUGGAUUUGCCAUUUUCUCCAUUCUGGGCUACAUGUCAGUAAAGCAGGGAGUUGACAUUUCUGCUGUUGCUGAGUCAGGUCCUGGCCUCGUCUUCAUUGUCUAUCCACAAGUCGUAACUCUGCUGCCUUGGCCUCAGGUCUGGUCUGUGUGUUUCUUCUUCAUGAUCAUUUUACUGGGAAUUGAUGGACAGUUUGCAGGACUUGAAAGCAACAUGACCUCUUUGACAGAUCUCUAUCCUUCCUACCUCCAAAGGGGAUACCGCAGAGAGCUUCUUCUGAUGCUGCUCUGUGCUAUUAGUGCUUUGCUGGGCUUAUUCAUGGUCACAGAGGCAGGAGCAUACAUUCUGCAGAUCUUUGAUCACUAUGUCUGCAGCGGGCCAACUCUCCUUCUAAUGGCAAUCUUCCAGUCAGUAAUAAUUGGAUGGAUAUAUGGUGCUGGACGCUUCAGUGACAACAUUGAAGACAUGAUUGGUUACAAACCUCUACCACUGUUUAAGUACUGCUGGCUCUACAUCACCCCACUUAUUUGCAGUGCCACUCUUGUAUUUUUACUUGUAAGAUACAUUCCAAUGAGGUUCAACAACACAUAUGUGUAUCCUUGGUGGACUUACUGGAUUGGCUGGUUUCUGGCUAUGUCAUCAUUGUCUAUGAUCCCGCUUAACAUGAUCUUCAAAUUGGCCCAAAAAAAAGGCUCUCUCUGGCAGUACUGGAUUUCACCAGAUGGGGGCAGCAAAGGCAGGAAAGCAGCCCGUAGCAUUCCCGUGCAGAAGAAGAAGUUCUCACCAAUGGCUGUUGCUAAACAGACUGAUGUUCCAGGGAUGUGA